AUGGAGUGUGCUGACGACCCAGAUGUGGUUAUCGAGAAUAAUAUCGUUGAAUGGCACGAACCAGCUCCUGCUGCUGCUGCGGCUGCUGCUCAGAGUAUUGAAUUCGAUGUAUUGGAUAUUCGAAGAAAGGGUGACAGAAAUGUCAAUGCUAAGAUUACUAUGCAGUUGAAAGAGUAUCCAGAUACCUUCAAACUUUCGCCACAGUUAUCCAAGAUAUUAGCUAUCAAGGAAGAAACAAAAGCUGGUGUAGUAGUCGCUCUGUGGCAUUAUAUCAAAUUCCAUAAACUACAAGAUAACGACGAAAAGCGACUUAUCAAGUGCGAUGCUGCUUUAAAAGAGCUCUUUGGCCGUGACAUGAUUCUGUUCCCUCACAUAAUGGAUCUUCUUACACCUCACUUGAGUCCUAGAGACCCAAUUGUGAUCAACUACGUAGUAAGAGUAGACAGGGACCAGCCAGUUGGUGAGACUGCCUAUGAUAUCGAGAUCGAAGUUGAUGAUCCAGUACGAGCAGAGCUGACAAAAACUCUUGAAACUUGGUAUAACGACCAACCACAAAUCCUCGAUAUCGAUAACCACAUCGCUCUGGCGGUUCAGGCUCUCAACACUUCGCGACUUAAACGCGACUUCUUUUCCCAAUUGGCACAGGAACCUUCCGAGUUCAUUAAGAAGUGGAUUGCUUCUCAAGCUCGCGACCUCAAGAUAAUCACCAGUGACAAAGGUUUCAACGAAGAAGAAGCCCGACACUCGUCCUUCUACACUGAUGAGCUUGUUAGCCAGAACAUCCACCUCCUGCUCAACAAAUAA